CCUUAGCAGCCGCUGCCGAGUAGGACCUGCCGCCGGGCGCUCUCUGCCGGCCCCACCUCCGGUCCCACUGCGACAGACACACGCUCCGGGCAGCUCCAACGCGGACCCUCCGACGCAGGCCUCGGGGCACCGCCGGCCGCCAGCGCUCUCCCUCCGUCCGCCCCAAGAAGAGUUUGCCGCCUGUCCGGAGCGCCCGGCCACCUGAGCGCAGAUGGAGCUGGACCACAUGACGAGCGGGGGGCUCCACGCCUACCCCGGGCCGCGGGGCGGGCCGGCGGCCAAGCCCAACGUGAUCCUGCAGAUAGGUAAGUGCCGGGCCGAGAUGCUGGAGCACGUGCGGAGGACCCACCGGCACCUGCUGACGGAGGUGUCCAAGCAGGUGGAGCGUGAACUGAAGGGGCUGCACAGGUCGGUGGGCAAGCUGGAGAACAACCUGGACGGCUACGUGCCCACGGGCGAUUCGCAGCGCUGGAAGAAGUCCAUCAAGGCCUGCCUGUACCGCUGCCAGGAGACCAUCGCCAACCUGGAGCGCUGGGUCAAGCGCGAGAUGCACGUGUGGCGGGAGGUGUUCUACCGCCUGGAGCGCUGGGCCGACCGCCUGGAGUCCAUGGGCGGCAAGUACCCGGUGGGCAGCGAGCCAGCCCGCCACACCGUCUCCGUGGGCGUGGGGGGUCCCGAGAGCUACGAGGCCGAUGGCUACGACUACACGGUCAGCCCCUAUGCCAUCACGCCGCCGCCUGCUGCCGGGGAGCUGCCCGGCCAGGAGCCAGCUGAGGCCCAGCAGUACCAGCCGUGGGUGCAGGGCGAAGAUGGGCAGCCCAGCCCUGGCGUGGACACACAGAUCUUCGAGGACCCUCGGGAGUUCCUGAGCCACCUGGAAGAGUACCUGCGACAGGUGGGUGGCACCGAGGAGUACUGGCUGUCGCAGAUCCAGAACCACAUGAAUGGGCCUGCCAAGAAGUGGUGGGAGUUCAAGCAGGGCUCGGUGAAGAACUGGGUGGAGUUCAAGAAAGAGUUCCUGCAGUAUAGCGAAGGCACCCUAUCUCGGGAGGCCAUCCAGCGUGAGUUGGACCUGCCGCAGAAGCAGGGUGAGCCACUGGACCAGUUCCUGUGGCGCAAGCGGGACCUGUACCAGACCCUCUACGUGGACGCCGAGGAAGAGGAGAUCAUCCAGUACGUGGUGGGCACCCUGCAGCCCAAGCUCAAGCGCUUCCUGCGCCACCCAUUGCCCAAGACCCUGGAGCAGCUCAUCCAGAGGGGCAUGGAGGUGCAGGACGGCCUGGAGCAGGCAUCAGAGCCGGCAGGCCCCCAUCCCCCUGCUGAGGAUGAGGCCGAGGCUGUCACACCUGCCCUCACCAACGAGUCCGUAGCCAGUGAUCGGACCCAGCCCGAAUAGAGGGUAGCCCGGAGCCCCCAGCCUGCCCACCACACCCAGCCCGUGGCCUUUGCCAACAAGGACUUUUGAGCUGGGGUUGACUCCUGCAAGAGAAUCCCAGGGUCAGCUGGGCAACUCCUUUGUGCUCCUGGUCCAACUCGCACAGACUCAUGUUAUUCAGAUGUGGGCAAUGCCUCAAAUGGCAAAAGAGUCCCUCUCCCCUACAGGGCUCCUGCCGCCCCCUCCCCUCCGUCUGUCUUCCUGGCCUGGGCCCAUCCUCCACACAAUCAGGCCAUCAUAGAAUGCCCCAGUCUCCUCAUUCUGCUACAACUCCUGGGCCCGCUGGACACUCAGAAAACCAAGUGUCUGUUGAGCAUGGGCCAGCGGCCACCAAGCUCACAGGAUGCCCCAGAGCAGAAGCUAAGGCAGAACCAGUGCAGAGGGAAACUUGACUUCCAGUGACGACGCACUCUCCUGGAAUCCCCAGAACCAGCUGGCACCCUCCUCGCCUCCCAGGACAGCUGGUCAGCCUCAAGCAGCCUGGCUUCCUCCUCCCAGGCCAGAGCUGAAGCCCCACAUGCAGAAGCAGCAACAGACCUGACAUCCCAGUGCCUCCUGGCCACUCAGCACCAGUGAUUCACGCCAGCCUGGAGAGGGAUCGGAGCUCGGCUCCAUGACUCACCCGUGGCAGGCGAAGGGUCCCAGAGGAGCUGAGUCCUCAAAUCCGGCUGAGGCAGCAGCCGACACCCUUGGAGCCAGGAGAUGACAACAGGUCUCAAGGCUCCCACAGAGUCUUUGCUGCUAUGCCUGGCACCUCCCCGCCCUCUCAUCUUUUAAGCUGUCUGCACAGGAGGAGAAUACCCCAGACAGCCCAGGGAGGGGAACUGCAGAGAAAAGGCCACUGUGGCAGAAGGCAGCGCCCCCAGUUCGGCCCCAAGAGCUGACGGGGUUGACAAGCCAGUGUGCGGGCCAGGGCCUGCCACUAAGCCCGCCCCGCUGGCCACCAGCUGCCCGCCCCCAGAGCCACUGCAGCCAGAGUUGGAGAUUGGUCGCCUUGGGCCAUACCUCCCUCCCAGCAGGAGAAGCCCUGCCCGCUGCGUGCUCAUCUCUGCCAGAGCCUUUCACCAGCCCUGAGGCUGGAGCCAGCCCCUGCUCCGGCCCAGAGACCCGAAACCCAACCCCAGGAGAUCCCAGAAGCCUUUGCUCCUGGGGCUGUUCUAGGCACACUGCCCUGCCUGGUGUUGUCCAGGGCUGGACCCCCAUCCCUGCCACAGCACCAACAACCUGGUGCUGGCAGUCUACUCACACCUGCCGCCUGAGGAGGCCCUGGUUGGGGGUUCUGCCUUCUUCCUUGUCCGCUGGGGUUUCCAAAUUCUGAAGUACCAUCUCUGCAGAUCACCCCGACAGGUUCUGCGCCCUACCAGUCCCCCAGAUUUUAUUUUUGCACAUAAGCCAUAACCUACACUCAAAGGCUGCAGGGAAGCCCUGGGGCUUGGGGAGACCCCAGGAACCUCAAGAGGGUGUGGUCACCUCCCCCCAACACACAGACCGGGCCUUAAAUGUCUACCCAGGCCAUGUACACUCUGCCAUCUUACCCUGAAGACAGACUCUUUUUGUAAGAUUUUGUUAAUAAAACAAUGAAACUUCUCA